AUGGCGGGACACAAGAUCGCGCUGCUGAAGAAGGCUAUGGAGUUCAUCGUCGACCAGCUCGGCCCUGCUGACCGCCUCAGCGUCGUGGCAUUCUCGACGGCCGCGCAUCGGGUCAUCCCGCUGACGCGCAUGUCGGACGCCGGGAAGGUCAAGGCCAAGGACGCUGUGCAGUUACUCGAGGCUGAAGGUGGAACGAACAUCCUCAAGGGCCUCACCGAGGCUGCCAAAGUGCUCGACGGCCGCCGGCACAAGAACGCCGUAGUCAGCGUCAUCCUUCUCUCGGACGGCCAGGACACGUACAAUCUCGAUCUUGGAGGUUACGGUUACGGCUCAUAUCAGACAAAUAACUACCGUAGUCUCGUGCCAAGCUCCUUGCUAAGCGGUGCCGGCCACCGAUCGACGCCGAUACACACCUUCGGCUUCGGCGUCGACCACGACUCGUCAGCCAUGCACACGAUCGCCGAGGAGACCGGCGGCACGUUCUCCUUCAUCGAGGACGAGAAGGUGGUGCAAGACUCGUUCGCGCAGUGCAUCGGCGGGCUCCUCUCCGUGGUCGUGCAGGAGGCGCUGAUCAGCGUCAAGUGCGUGAACCCGGUGCGCGUCCGUGCAGUCAAGUCCGGCCGCUACGACGCCAGCAUCGACGCGUACGGGCGCUCCGCCUCGGUGGACGUCGGCGAGCUCUACGCGGAUGAGGAAAGGCGCUUUCUGCUCCUGGUGGACGUGCCGAGGGCCGGCGACGCGGACGACGUGACGCGGCUCGUGAAGGUGACAUGCACCUACCGCGACACGGCGACCGGGCAGGUGCUGGACGUGGCCGGCGAGGACAUAGCGGUGCAGAGGCCGGUGGAGCUGGCCAAGGACCAGCAGCCGUCCAUGGACGUGGCGCGGGAGAAAUUCCGCGUGGAGGCGACGGAGGACAUCGCGGCGGCGCGCGCGGCCGCGGAGCGCGGCGAGUACGCGGAGGCCGCGAGGAUACUGGAGCGCAGGCGGGAGGCGCUGGCGGACGACGCAAGGUGCAAGGCGCUGGUGGAGGAGCUGCGGGAGCUGAGCACCCGCGUGGCGAGCCGGCGGGAGUACGAGCAGUCGGGGUGCGCGUGCAUCCUGACCGGCUACAGCUCCCACGCGCAGCAGCGCGCCGCGUCGGCCUUCGUGGCCGGUGCCGAGGGGUACGGCUGUCGCCAGCCGGGCGGGGCGGCUCCGGGCGCGGCGCCGUCGAUUCUAGGUUUUGGCGCGGCCGGGGCGUAUGCGACGCCGGCGAUGCAGAGGAUGGUUGGCGCGUCGAGGCAAAUACGUGAGCAGCAGCAGCAGCAGCCGGCGACGUCCAAGAGGAAGAGCGGAAGCAAUGGCGGUGCAUACUAA